GAGCGGGAGGGCGGAGCCCGAAGCAGGGAGCGCAGCUGCGGGUGUGUGGCGACACUAGAAACAUCGGAGCCGGCGCUCGGAGCCGCGCGGCCGGAGCUGGGAGCCCAGACAAAGGCGACGAUAGGGCCGGUUUUGAGUGAAACGGGAAAACUAAAUGAGAAGAAAUCUCCCAGGAACAACUUGUACUGCUACAGAGUCUGCAGUCACCUGUGUGUGUCUUAUGGAAUAGUCUACACUCAGAGAUAACUAAAUAAGUGGCCCCGUUGAUGAGUGACCUGCUCCAGGCUCUGGAUCAAAGUGGUUCUUUUCCUCCCCAUUGACUUGGAACCGAGUCUCUGUAGAGAAGCAGAGAAAAGAAACAAUCAGAUUUUCCUUUUAAUCGACUUGAGACAUUAACUCCAAGGACAGAGACCCAGUGAAAUAAAAUUAUUUUGACGGCCACUCCUCACUUUGAGGGCGAACGUUGUGGAGCUCCUGCCUGGAGACUUGGAGCCUUUGCCGGAGUGUGCUCGGGCCCUGGACUGAAAGCAUGAGUGAGUUCUGGCUGUGUUUCAACUGCUGUAUUGCGGAGCAGCCUCAGCCUAAAAGGCGACGACGGAUUGACCGAAGUAUGAUUGGAGAGCCAACCAACUUUGUGCACACAGCUCAUGUGGGAUCCGGAGACCUGUUCAGUGGGAUGAACUCAGUCAGCUCCAUUCAGAACCAAAUGCAGUCCAAGGGAGGCUAUGGAGGCGGCAUGCCUGCCAGCAUGCAGAUGCAGCUCGUGGACACAAAGGCAGGAUAGCCCUGGUCCAUCACCUGUCAGAAUUUUUGUCUUUUCUCUGUCCACAGUUCUAUAAUAUUUUUGUCUUGUGAUUGGAUUUCUUUUAUUUUAAUUAUAAAAAAGAAGUGUGGCGGCAACCUGUUCACCCCUGUGAUCUCCAGCAAGACGUUCCUGCUCCGAAGAAGGCAGCGUCAGUCCGACCUGCCUUGCCGUCAGUGGCAUGCAUGCCUGGGACUCUGAUGAGAGUUCUUUGGAUCGUAGCUGAAUUUUCAAUGUUUAAUCGACAUGGAUUGGAUCUUAGCAUGGUCUUUUGUGACUGCUAGCACUGUUUUGUAAUUUUUUCCUUUUAAACCUUUCAUUGCGCCUCCAGCCCCUCUGCCUUAUGAUUUUGCUGGUGAGCAGAGACCUGUCGUCACUGCCACCGUGGAUGUAUAUUUUGAAGGUGUGAGACCCACAAGCACAAUAGUCCUUUGCAUCUGUUGGAAACUUGAGCUCGUGUCUGCAAACUCAAGGUGCUGCUCAGAGGGGACCCCCUUGGGAUGCCAGACACUGGCGGCCUGAGCUGCUGCGGCCUGAGGAUGCUGCUCUCCUGGAGGAUGCUCUUUACAGAUAAUCAAAGUCGGGGUCUGGUCUGAUUAGAGCAGUGACAGAAAGCCUGUGUUCCAGGGGCAGUCGCGUGGCUGUAAAUGUUCAGGGUAUUUAUUUUGAGAGUAAGGACCUGUGAUUGUGAGCAGAUAGUUCCGUAUCUACGUGUCGUGGUGAAGCCCAUCCAGCUUCUCGGCAUCUUCAUCCUGUUAGCUCUUCACUCUGUGUACUGUCUCUGUUUUCUGUUUAAACUCAGCCUCUGCUACCAGCUUUGACCGCAGAGCCCUUGGCCUUCUGGUGUUCCACUGCUACGGAGGCCAUGGCAGCUUCCAACAGCACCUGCUGCCUGCCCGGCUGAUUCCCUGACAGCGAAGACUUUGUGUGGUUAGCGAGAGGCCUUUGCUCAGGGCCCGUUCUGUUCCUCUUCCCAGCUGGGCCCUGUGGUCCACGUCACUGUCUAACUGCCUGUGAUUGCUUAGCAUUCGUGCAGAGGAUGAGCAUGACUGAAAUCAGUGCCGGAGGCAGUUAGGUCCUUGUCUAGAGAAACUGUGAUCAUUUCUGCCUUCUGCCUCCAUCUGUCCCUGUCCAGCACUGCUCCUGUCCUGAGAUGCUGACUGGAGAGCCAGUAGGCCAAUGCAGGCAAAGCUGAAAGCAUUUCUCCUCCAUUUCUUCUGAACUUAAUUUACCAGUAGGGUGGAACACUGGAUGACCUGAUCCUUUGACUUUGCAAUUCUUCCCGUUCAUAGGUGUCAAUCCCGAGCACAGAGUCUGUCAAGGAGAAACGUUGAAUUCACCAUUGUCUUUAAUUCACCAUGUGGACACUGCACUCUUGAGUUUUUCAUUCCACUUAGCCAGGGUGAGGUUCCUGCCAGGGCACUGCUGUGUGCAAACUUUCUGUAUGACAGACAGGGAUUUCUUGGCAUCUUCAGCACUGAUGGAUGGGACAGCACAGGGAGCCAUUGUCCCUCCCCCAUCACUCUGCUGCUCCAAGGCCAGUCCUUAAUAAGCCAAAGGAGCCUGUGAUGGUCCUGCAGCUGCCUCGGACCUCUUCUCAGCACAGUGAGACACUGUACACAGUGCACCGGCCUGGUGCCCUGGAAGGUUCCAGUGAAGUCAAGAAAAAAUGUACAGAGUAACUAACCUUGUACAUGAUAGUCUUUAUGGAGGCUGAAGGAUGCUGGCAGGGAGGCAGGGAGGCAAACUUCCCACCUCCCUACAUGGGAUUGUAAACCUUGGGAACUCGUUUGUUCCUUCAUAGUAACACAUCUCAUUUUUAAAUUGGAGCUAAUAGGAUUUUGUACCCAGAAUUUAUUAUAUUGUUAAUACUUUUCUGAAACACACGGUAACAACUAGUCAGAAAGAGAAACAGCAGGUUGUACCACAUGGAUUCUGGUAGCAACGUGUGCUGGGCGCAGCUUCUCCAGUGGGCCUGGGAAGCUUUGCCCAUUAGCUUCCCUGUGGUUAAAUAGAGCUGUUGGUGUAGAGCGACUUGCCUUGAUCUGUUCAGUGACUUCUGCUUGGCACCGGAAGAGAAGACGGACGUAUUUUUAUAAUAUAAGCAUACUUUUUUUGUACAUUGUGUUCAUUCUUGAAUAAAGUGAGCUCACUGUUGGCUUGUAGAUAUUAAAAAGAAAGUAUUGAUUUUGAUUCAAUAAAUGUUUUCUUUUA